AUGCAUGCCAUUCCGACCUCUACUGCAGUGAGCGUUGCCUUCUGUUCGAAACUGGUCGCGGUGGAACAUGUCACCGAAACAGACCCAAACACGGCACAGCGAAAUGAAACCGGCUACGCCGUGUUGUGCGACAUUUGGGCCUUUCUGCCUGGAAUCCAAGUGACUCUGCUCGCGAACGAUUUGAAACGCUUCAGCACAUGGAACUUAACCAAUCUCGGUGGUGGAAAGGACAGCAUGCCUAGAGAGUUUCACCGAGCACCGGGAUUGUGUCGGCAUGAAUUCGUAAAGGCUGCUAGGGGACUAAACUUGAAUCUUGAAGACGCCACCAAUCUGGAGUUCUUGGCCAGCCUGGAGGCAGCAGUGAAAUCCGCCGAACUAGAUGAGAAUGUUCAACAACAACUCCAUCAAACUGUUGUACCGGCCAUCACACGAAACAGAGCUCUCAGCCUUCUCUCAAACAAGGAAAAGGAAGUAUUGAAGAAUUUGAGGGAAAAUGAGACCAUCAUCAUCACACCUGCGGACAAAGGACGCAUGACCGGUAUCAUGGACAAAUUGGACUAUGUAGACAAAGCAACUGCUCUGCUCAACGACACCACCACGUAUUGCCGUCUGGAGGACGACCAAACCAAAAAAGUUGCGAACGAAAUCAAUGAAAACCCGAAGCGACUGAAGGACCCCCAAAAGCUCACAACUGAAGAAUAUUGGCGAAUGAGAGCCAUAUAA